CUCUGUGUUAUCAGAAUCUGAAUCUGGUGUGCACUAGUGCACUAUUCACAACUCACAACUCAUUAGCACAGAUAGUGAAUUAGUGGAUUGCUUAAGUGUAAUUGUUUUGGUUUCGUAUUCUAAUGUGGUUAAUAAUGUUUUAUAAGGUUUCAAACAGAUGUUUAUUAUUUUAAUUUCUUAGGGUUUCCGGUAUACCGCAAUUCCUUAGUACGUUAUAGGUUAAGUUGUCAAUCGGUUCAGUGGCGGUAAUUUCAAAUUCUAAGUCAUGUCAAAAAAACAAAAACCUGAUCAUAAACAAGUAUUGACUAACUUAGCGAAGGACUUACAUGAACUAGUUAGUGAUAAACAAAAACUACGGGCGUCUGUAGAUAAUUUCCUUAAUAAUUUAAUUGACGAACUAACGUUAGGAAUAAUUUUCGACCAGCACCGUAAAUACAAGACAAAUGCUUAUGACUUAGAUGUAGCUGAUGGUUGUGAAGAAGUCGAAUCUUCAGAAAUUGAUAUUUUCGGACAGUUUAAUUUGAAAAAAACUCAAGACUGUGUUUGCCCAAAUUGUGAUCGUGCUGUUGCGGCAACUCGGUUUGCACCCCACUUAGAAACAUGUAUGGGAAUGGGGAGAGUUAGUAGAUCUAGAAAUGCAACCAGAAGGGUGGCUAGUUGCAGUAAAGACAAUUCUUCAUAUGGAGGUUUACCUAGUGAUGAUGAUGAUGAUGGCGACUGGAGUUCAGUAGAGAGAAGAAAAAAGAAGAAGGAUAAGAAUGGAAGCAAGAAAAGAGGAACACCUAAGAAAAAUUUUGAACCUGAAGUAGUUGAUCCAGUGAAUGUAGAUAUAGAAGGCGAUGAUGAUGAUUUAACUAACCUGAGAGAUAUUCUUCACCUCCAAGAUCACUCCAAUAGCACUUCCCCUGCUGAUUCAGCAUCUAGUUCGGGAUCCACAAAGAAAAGAGAUAAACCAAAAAAUAAAAAGAAUAACAAAAGAGAUAGAGGGUCUCCCACUCCCAGUUUAUAAUUGGCUUGGUUUAAUUGAGAAUUUCCAGUCCCAGUCCCUGUGUGGAUUUCAAGAAAAACUCUUCAAUUGGUAAAACUGGAUGAGAAAAAAAUUCGUGGUAGAAAUCUCAGUACUUUAAGUGAACGAGAAAGCGAAAGAUAUAUUCAUACUAUCAUUUUAUAAUCUUGCAUUUGUUAUGGAGAAACUUUUAAAUAAUUUUAUCAUAAAAAUUAGUAUUAGACAAAGUCAUUAACCAGCUAUUGGUUAAAGACAUUUUAUCUCAAUUCCUCAAAUUAAAUUAUGUUCAGUUGACUUUUUCCUUGGAGUUAAAAAUUAUUUUAGUUAAUGUUCAUAUUAAUAAUACCAUUUUAUCUAA